GCACCUGAGCUGAGCUUAGCUCGCCUAUACCUAGGUACAGAUACCUUUGCAGACGAAACGCGACGUCCAACAUUCGUCUGCCCUCUCUUCUUCUACAUCCCACAACAAUCUUUUGUCGCGUUUUCAACUACAACAAUCCGACCGAAUAAAUUAGCAUCGUGCUUUACUGUGCGAUUUUCCGGGAAAUUUUAUCACGUUCUUGCCCACCUCAAUUUUUCGCCAUUUUCUCUCUGUCGCACCAUGGCGCGUACCAAGGAAGAUGUCGCAUCCAAGGGCGAUGCCUCGCCUCGCAUCCCCAAAUCCUCCGCCGGAGUGACCAAGAAUACCGCUGAAGCUCCCGUCAAGCGCGGUCGUGGACGACCUCCCAAGGGUGCUGCGCCCAUGCCCAAGAAGGUCUAUGUUCCAACAGGACGCCCCCGCGGCCGACCCCCAGGUUCUGGCAAGAAGACCACCGCUGGACCCAAGAAGGUCGCUGCAGUAAAUGACGAUGGUACGCCAAAGCAGGGACGUGGUCGACCUCGUCGAGCUGCAAGCGGAACAGAGUCUGCUGCUACAACACCCAAGGAUGGCAAGAAGCGUGGCAGAAAGCCAAAGGCCGCCGAUGUAUCAGAGGAUGAAGAGACCAAGCACGAUGAGCCUGCCGACGAGGAUGAUGCCGGCAAUGAGUCGCCCGCUAAGGACGAGGCACAUGACGAGGAUGGCGAAGCUUCCGAGUAGGAUUUCAAUUAUGGCCAAUAUAGAAAUCCUAACAUGAAUAAUCAGCGUCGGCGGAAUUUUCCUAGUUUCACAAUAGGGUCUGAGUUUGGUUCAAUUGCUUUCAGGUGCUUGGGAACACGAGGGGUGAGGGUCAGGAAGAAUUCAUGGAACGGUUAUACUGGGAUUGUGCUCUUCAGGAGUUGUACAAAUAUCAUGCUAAUUUACAGACGGGUAAAGCAGGCCCUUUUAUCCCACCCAUCCCACCCCACUUCUCCUAUCUAAAGUUUCUUCCAUGUCUCAUACUCCUCUUCAAGAUGUCGUUUUAGCUUUUGGAACUGGUUCCCAAAGUUGAGCCCACAUCUCCAGCACUUCAUGUCCCAGCGCAAAUACGCCUCCUCCUUCGUAUUCCUGCGCGGAUCAUCAGCUGCAAGCGGAAAGUCGUCCAGAUCAACCAGAAACGGCGUAUUGAACGAAUUGUAGUGCUUGCGAUGUCUCAAUGCUUCAGAGAACAUAUCUCUCGAGAAAACGUGCACGUGAAGGUGUCUCAUGCUUGGUACCGCAUGCACGCCGGCCUUGACUUCUGCGGCCCAGUCCCGACCCUCCGGGAGUUCCCCACUCUGGUCCGGCUCGGCAUCUCCAUCGAGCACGGCUUGUCGAUGAGCAUCACUCUGGCUGUGCGCGCCAAGACGACGCUGGAGUUCCUUUGCGACCAGAGCCUUGAGGCGCUGAGUCUCCGUCUUCACUUUGGCAAGGACCUCUGGGUCAUCUAGGGCAUCAAAUGGAUGGAGAAGAUUAUACUUUGGCGAGCGAGGGAGGAGUAGAGUGUGAAUUGUGGCCUUUGGAUAACGGUCGUUUAUAGCGACAAAGUCCUCGUUGUGAUAGAUGACGCGUGAGGAUGGGUAUGAGGCUGGAUCUUCAAGAUAUGCGCCCAAGCCCAUGCGGUCUUUGAACGGGUUUCCGCUACGUGAUGGCCGAGCUGUAUUUGUCUCGGGCGGUGUUUUCCUCUUUGGGGCCAUGAGUUCUGCGACUGUCAUUUGUAAGAAUGUUUCGAGCGAGUUGAGUGUGUGACUUGCAUGCAUUGCGGGUCGACUUCUUUGUAGGCUCUUCACCACGGAUCUCUUCCCUGGUAAUGGCCUCCUCCGGCUCUGAAUCUUGAUGAGACAUGUUUUUAGGUGAGAAUAUUGGAAACGUUUGUAGGAUGCCAGUUGUUGGCGUUGGCGUUAAUGUUGGUGUUUUAUACUGUGG